CCGGAUCCAAGGUUUCGGUACCGGAGAAUGAGAGAGCCACUAGUGAGACAUCAACCGACAAGACACUGGACCUGUCAGUCCUUUAGUUUUUAUUUCAAUUUCCUCGUUUCUCCAGGUAAUUAUUUUUUCUUUCUUUUUUUCUCGCUGCUUUUGGUAACUUUAAUUGUAGCAGGUUAGGCAGGAGCUCAGCGCGUACUCACUGUUACCGGACUUUUCAUUGUUAGGUGUAUUAUAGUAGGAAAUAAAGAUGGCCACGUCCGCCAGUGCCACACUGAGUAAAGCUGUAAAGCAGCAGUACAUGGAACUCCCACAGGGGGAUAAAGUCCAAGCCAUGUACAUUUGGAUCGACGGAACCGGAGAGGGGCUCCGCUGCAAAACCAGGACGCUGGAUUUUGAGCCCAAAAGCAUCGAAGAUCUGCCUGAAUGGAACUUCGAUGGCUCCAGUACCUACCAAGCUGAGGGCUCCAACAGCGACAUGUAUCUGAUUCCUGCGGCCAUGUUCCGUGACCCAUUCCGCAAAGACCCCAACAAGCUGGUCCUGUGUGAAGUGCAGAAGUACAAUGGCAAACCUGCAGAAACCAACCUUCGUGUCACAUGUAAGAAGGUGAUGGAGAUGGUGGAUGACCAGCAUCCCUGGUUUGGCAUGGAGCAGGAGUACACUAUCCUGGGAACAGACGGACACCCUUUUGGCUGGCCAUCCAAUGGAUUUCCAGGACCACAAGGUCCAUACUACUGUGGCGUGGGAGCUGACAAAGCCUAUGGGAGAGAUAUAGUGGAGGCCCAUUACAGAGCAUGUCUGUAUGCUGGAGUCCAGAUUUGUGGCACAAAUGCUGAAGUGAUGCCAGCUCAGUGGGAGUUCCAGGUUGGACCUUGUGAAGGGAUCAACAUGGGUGAUCAUCUCUGGGUGGCACGUUUCCUCCUGCACCGUGUCUGUGAAGAUUUUGGCGUUGUUGCCUCAUUUGACCCCAAACCAAUCCCUGGCAACUGGAACGGUGCUGGCUGCCAUACAAACUUUAGCACAAAGGAGAUGAGGGAAGAUGGUGGAUUGAAAGCCAUUGAGGAUUCCAUUGAGAAGCUUGGGAAGAGGCACAGUUAUCACAUCCGUGCCUAUGACCCCAAAGGGGGGCUCGACAAUGCCCGCCGUCUCACCGGCCACCAUGAAACCUCAAACAUCAACGAAUUCUCUGCAGGCGUGGCCAACCGUGGUGCCAGCAUCCGCAUUCCUCGCAACGUCGGCCAGGAGAAGAAGGGCUACUUCGAGGACCGCCGCCCAUCUGCCAACUGCGACCCGUACGGCGUGACAGAGGCCCUGAUCCGCACCUGUUUGCUGAGUGAGGAGGGAGAUGAACCUACGGAUUACUAAAUCACCACUCAUAGACUGACUCCCACUGCCCUCCUGACCUUAUCUUUUCUUUAAAAUAGUACUGUAUUUUAUUUUUUUCUUCUCCCACUCAGAUGAUUUUAACCUGCAUUUUAAUGGUUUAAAGUUGGCUGGUCAACUUAAAACAUGACACGGUAAUAUCUUUGGUAGUUAUGAGCUGGUAAUGGCAGGGUAUGUCCUUCCCCUCGUCUUUGGAAGGGAUUGGCUUUUGUAACACUGUUUUAUAGCCCAUGUCAUAUCUUUCCCUUGUCUGUUGGUGACUAAAAUGAACUAAAGCACACAGACACUGAAGAGUAGAGCUGCUAAGGCUGGGCAGCAUGUGUAACUUAAUAAAUCUGACUAGUUCAUGUACUGUUAAUAUAUGUUGACCUGCCUUUUCAACUAUCCAGUCUUCAAUGUUACUAAUCUUUGAUUUUUAUGAAGUGUCUAUUUUUUAAAUGGCAACGUUUGAUGUCUUCAGAUUUUGGCACACUGGGUCAACUUGUAUGGUACACUUUGUAGAUGUCUGUACCCAGACUUAUGUUGUUCAAUGUGGUUGAUCUGUCCAUAAUGCCAUUUGUAGAUUUCCUCAAGGAGUUUUAUCCUUUUGUUAACUGCGAUAUUGUAAUGCACCUGAUUUGGUAAAACAUGUUUACUGAACCUGGUGUUUUAUUGAUGCAUUUAAAACUUUUAUUUUUAUCACAA